AUGGCAAUGGCGCUGGGGCGGCGAGUGGCUCCCGGCUGCACUGCUGGAGUGAGUGCUGGAACUCCAAGGAAAGAAAAGAAGCUGUUUUGCCGUUAUUCCGAUGGGCACAGAAACCCGUAUUACAUCCUGGGACCUGUCAAACAAGAAGAUGAGUGGGAUCGCCCUCGGAUUGUCCGCUUUCUUGACAUUAUCUCUGACGAAGAAAUAGUAAAAGUCAAAGAGCUUUCAAAACCAAGGCUGACCCGAGCUACUGUGCAUGACCCUCAGACCGGGAAACUGACCACAGCACAUUACAGAGUCUCUAAGAGAAGAAGAGUAGCCAAUUACGGAGUAGGAGGCCAGUACGAGCCUCAUUUUGAUUUUGGAAGGAAAGAUGAACCCGAUGCCUUUAAAGAACUGGGUACCGGCAAUAGAAUUGCUACGUGGCUAUUCUACGGGACAGCGGUAUUUUGGUACAAUCUUUUCCCAAGCGGGGAAGGUGACUACAGUACCCGGCACGCCGCAUGUCCGGUAUUAGUUGGUAACAAAUGGGUGUCCAAUAAAUGGAUCCAUGAACGUGGGCAAGAGUUUCGAAGACGGUGUGCCUUAUCAGAGUUUGAAUGAUAUCAGUCCCCUUUUUAUUUUUUUAGUCCAAAUUAUUUCCCCCUUUCUCAUUGCCUUGAUUAACAGUGAUAGUUUACACUAAUAUUCCACUCCAACUUUUGUCUCCAGUGCCAAUCACUCUUUCGUCUACAUGAAAUAUUUUAUCUACAGACAAAAUAUAUAUACAUCUAUAUAUUUUGCAGAUAUAUCCAUUUAAAUGUUUUUUUUUAAUUGAACGAUAUAUUUCAUUUCUAACAACCGUAAGAUGCCAUGGCUAAAAAUGUUCUGCAGAGACACCAAGCUUGGGAAGGAAGCAGAAUGGAUAUAUGAACUUUUCAUCAUCUGGCAAGUGCUUUGCUUGGAUGCUAAGGUGUUAUAUGUCACUUCUACUUGUUUCUUUGGUUUCAAAUGCCCGAACACUUCUGUAGAACUGGGGCUAAGGGUCAUAAACCAGAGUUGAUUGACUUCAAAAUUUCUACUAGCCAGUUGUGUUUUCUGGACCUUCACUCCUGAUGGUCCGGUUUUUUCAAGUGCCAAAAAACUUCAGAAACAAAUUCUCCCUCCCAGUAUAGUUUUUUUCCCCUUAUGCCUCACAAAUAAAUUGAGCUAAUUCCAAGAAAUGUGCCAGCAACUGUCCACAUAUAAAAGGCUUGAACAGAACUGCAGUUGUGCUUUGUCUGAGUAUGCCGGAGGAUGCUGUUUGAAGGCAGGUUGUAGAAAAUGACUUUUGUGUGUGUGUCUAAGUACGGCUCUUCUUUUUAAAUUUCACUGUGAUUCAAGAUUGUAAUUUUAAAUGUACUGCUGCUUUUAUUCUGUAAGGAAGAACAAUUUUACCCCGCGAAGGCAUGGAGACAAGAUCAGUUCUUACUUAAACAUAGAGCACUGUGCCUUAUCUACCGAGUCUGAAUUUGUAUGAAACCAUAUGUAUAAGAAAAUGCAUACUCCCCUUACCAACAAUACCAAACUUAUUUUCCAAUGGAGGGGCUUUGUGAAAAAGACAAUAUAUUUAUAAUACAAAAUCUUUUUGAAAGUU